UUGAAUGUUCAAUUUCUCGAUAUUUCGUGUUCGCAUCUCGCAGAGAGUAAAGGGACAUCGUUGUAUUUCCUAUUUGUUCCUAUUCCUUCCCUAUGUGACCUGACCAGGAUCUGAAACUGAACUCUGAGCGUUUCUGGUCUCUUGGUGUUGAAUCAUUACAGGUUCUGCAAUAUGACUGUAACAAAAACACACAGACCACGAUGCUUUUUGGAUGUGGAAGUUGGUGGCGAACCUAUGGGGCGCAUAGUUUUGGAGCUAUUUUCAGAUGUGUGUCCAGUCACUUGUGAAAAUUUUCGAGCAUUAUGCACUGGUGAAAAAGGUUUAGGAAAGACUACAUCUAAGCCCCUCCAUUAUAAGGGUGUGAUAUUUCAUCGAGUAGUUAAAGAUUUUAUGAUACAAAGUGGUGAUUUUUCUGUUGGAAAUGGCACUGGAGGAGAAUCGAUUUAUGGUGGAACAUUUGCUGAUGAAAAUUUUGAAAUGAAACAUGACAAACCUUAUCUUUUGUCAAUGGCGAAUAGAGGAAAGGAUACAAAUGGAUCACAAUUUUUUAUUUAUGGUGCACCGCAGCAGGGCGGGACAUGGUGAAGCCUGUGGCGGUUCUGGUGCCCCCUGGCUUGCUCUAAUCAUGUUUUGUUGUUAUAGUACAACGCAACCAGCCCCUCACUUGGAUGGUGUUCACGUGGUGUUUGGACAAGUGAUAUCUGGACAAGAAGUGGCGAGCAACAUUGAAAGCCUUCCUGUAGACAGAGUGUGUCGACCAUUACAAGAUGCCAAAGUUGUGAACUAGAAGAAAAAACGGAUGGUAUCCAGCAGUAGCAGUAGUUCUUCUAGUACUUCAUCAAGUUCUGAAAGUGACUCGGACUCAACAAGAGAACGGAAGAAGCAUAAGAAGAAGAGAAAGAAGCAAAAGAAGGAGAAAAAAAGGUUCUUUUGA